UUUUGAAAUUGGAGGAAUAUUUGCAGUCAGAAUGUAUGUAACAACACUAACAUCCGUAAUAGGAGCUGAAGCCGCAGUCCUCGCCCAACAGUUUCCACCGCACAGCAGACGUUCAUGAUACAGUCGAGUAUGAAGUUAUGGAGGGAGGAAUACUUAAUUUAGUGGGUUCCACUCAUCAGGCAGGACCCGGUGGUGAAGGUUUUUCGUCCACAACUACAACAUCCUCGGGUGAAUCGAUCAACUUUUUGGAAACAACAGUAAGCAUCAACAUGUUUCAUCAGCUACUACGAAACAGAAGAAGAGCACUGGACUCGCUAAGUUUAUUGACAGGCUGA